AUGAAAAUGACGGAGAUAUACGACGUGACUGACGCGGACACGGACGCGGUGCAGUCGCCCACUGAACGCGACGUCAACAAACAGCUUGAGUUCGACAACGACUGGAGCGCUGAACUCAUCGCUGACAACGACGACCUGGAUAUGGAAGCGAUGGACGACGAUGCUUUAGCCGACAGGAAUAUAUUCUCUGAUCCAGAGAGUGAAUGGAACGCAAGGAGGUCGAUGUCUGCUUCCGACAGUGAUGGAGACCAGCCAGAGUCGGAUCGGAGAGUAUUAGAACAUAUAGACUGCGAGAGACUAGCAAAAACGGUGAACAAACGAAGUGUGAUACUCACAAACUUCAUGCUCAGUAAUUUAGUGGAGGCUACAGCACAACUACUUUCUAAUACCACACUGUUGACGACCUUACUAUUAGAAGGACUACCGCUGAGGAUACCAUAUUUAAAUCCUUUGUGUGAGGCUCUUUUAGCGAAUAGUUCUUUACAACAUCUACACUUACAACGAUGUCUUAUCGGGGAUGCCGGCUGCUUGGCUGUCUGCAAGUCUAUCAGGUGUCUACCAAACAUUCUGACGCUAGAUCUGUCAGGAUGCGAUCUGACGCCUUUAGGAGCUGGAUACAUCGCGGAACUAGUUAAGUAUCAAAAGAUCCACAGAUACAGUGAGAACUGGUCACACACACUUCGGUAUCGACUGCCUGAACUAGACGCGAUGGCAGGAUUACGGAGAAUCACAUUGUGUGCCAACCCUCAGUUAGGAGACGUCGGUGUUUGCAAAUUACUUGACGUCCUUGCGGAUGAUUUGUGGAUCAAAGCAUUGGACGUUCAAAACUGCGGUAUAACGGAGAAUACAUCGGCCGCAAUCCAACAGAUGAUGACGUCAAACAAGACUCUAGUAGUGUUAGAUAUAAGGAACAAUCCAGACGUGACCAGUGAAUCGCUGUCCAAAGUACGCUCGGUGCUUAGGGAUAACGAAAGGGGGAUGGAAGGGAAGUUUUCAUGGCUUGCUAGCAGUGGAUCUUCUAGUGAAAAGUUCAUGAAAUCCGUGACAUCCAAAAAUGGAGUAUCCCGAGAUCGAGCGCCGGGAUCGAACGCGAGAUCUACAAACGUUAAGUAUGCAACGAAGACAAACUUAACGAAAAAAGACAAAGAUUAUGCAGAAGUAUUAGAAGAGCAGCUACAAGAAGAAAUUUCACACCGGCAGCAGCUUGAAGAGCUGAAUUUACAAUUAGUAGACCAAAUGAAGCAGCUCAAACAGCAGCAAAUACGACUGUGGGCCAACUGUGCGGCGUCGUCAGGUUCAGAACAUUCAUUCGAAGCCAGUGCGAGAUCAGGAGACUUAUCAAGCAGCUCAGGCUCGUCUAGUUCAGUGCCAAUAGAUCAGACGACACUCUCCUACAUACAGCAGGCAUUCAAGGAUAUAUACGCGUUCAUAAAGAAUAAUCAGUGCUACGGACAAUGUCUUCACGAAACGUCGAAACAGAAUACACCAGAGGAACAGCCAACAGAGGAAAUCACGGAAGUGGAAGAGGCACAGUAUAGCGAUAGACACGUAAACAUAAUUCCAAAGAGAGCGCAAAGCUCGCACCAGAAGAUAGUCAACGACAAAAUGAAGGUCAACAAGAUGACAAAGUCCGCGCAUCUUUUGGGAGACUCGCAGCGAAGGGACGCCGUUGAAAUGAAACCAGAAAUGAUUGAAAGACAAAUAGGCGACACAAGAGACGCGCACUGCGAGGAAACAAACACAUUGGAGGACAUGAUUUCGGUGCAAAUGAAGCCUAAUAAAAAACACAUAUACGGGCAGAGUAGCCCCUGUAGUAGCGUGGCAAGCGACUCGGAUACGCUGAUUUGUUCGCCACAGAUAACACAACGCUCCGUACAUCAGGCGACCGUCAUCAACCCGAGGGAGGCACUCUAUUCGUCCUCGUCCGAGGACAGCUCGUGACGUUUUUUAUGUUUAUUUAUGAGUUUAUGAAUAUCAUGUUUUAUGUACGAUUAAAAAAAUUGUUUGUUAUAAUCUAUUAUUUUAUUCCUAUACAGUCCAUACCUACGUACUAAACUAAAUGGCAAUAUUUCUGGUUCUUUAUUUACAUCUGAAAACAGCCUUAACCUUAUUUGGAGCAUAAGGAAAUUUUUGGCUUGUUAUUAAAACAGAGUCGACAAGUUCGACUGCCGGGCAAGGGGUCUCGGGUUCGA